AUGCCAAGGCUGGGUUCAAGUCUUCUUCUUCACUAUGUCAAUCAGCCUGGCGCUGUACGUCUUGGCAGAAAACCAAAUGAUGAAGUGUUACAACGAUCUUUGCGUAAUUUAGAUCGAAUCCCUGGCAUUGAAUACCACGCUGUAGGAGUACUUUAUAUGGGUAUGUAUCAAGAAACUGAGGCGCAAAUCUUAGCGAAUGUCUACGGUUCGGAGAGAUACGCCAAGUUUUUGAAAUUGUUGGGCACUCCAAUUCCCUUAGACAAACAUCCAGGAGGACUGCUACCCGGGAAGCAUGGAUCCUAUACUUAUGAGUAUCAGGACGAAUUAAGCAAAAUUACUUUCCUUGUUGCGACGCUAAUGCCACAUGCUGAGAAUGAUCCAAAUUGCAAUAUGAAGAAAAAGCUGAUCGCCAACAAUUUUGUUUCAAUUGUUUUCAACGAAAGCGGUGCUCCUUUCAAGCUUGGUUCUGUCUGUGGGCACUUUGCCCAUGUGGCGUUAGAAGUAAUCCCUUAUGACGAAAACAAUGUCCUUUUGCAACUUCAUGCUAAGCAAGAGAUUUCCUGCUGGCUAGCGACACGCAGAGCUUUACUGAACGAUCGGUAUAGUUUCCUCGGAUGUUGA